AUGCCGGCUACCAAGACCAAGGUCGAGGCCAAAGGUCUGCGUGACGAGUCGCACACCAUGCACAAGUCGAACUCGUCCAUGAUCCGCCUCACCGCUCAGCUCAUGCAGCAGAACCGACCGCAGGUCGCCGUCAAUAUCGCCCUCUUCUUUAUCUUUCUGGUCGACUUUUGGCUGACGAGUUUCAAUGUUUUCCAUAGUGCGCUCAUCAAGCUGGGCGUCAUCAACCCGUUGCCUGAGAACUGCGUGCCUCCUGCCUUCUCACCCACCAGUCCUCCCUCAUUUGCCCAGUGGCCGUUGACACAUAUCUACUGCCGUCUCAUUCACAUCUACAACUUCGUCACCAGCUACAGUGAAGACGAAAGGCUACACCAUGAUCUCUACUGUAGGAAGCCUAAGAACGACUGGAUCCGCGACUGGGCCUACUGGGACGGCAUUGGACACAAGGGCGAAUGGGGAGCGCCGUAUCCUGCCAGGGACAAUGACAGUCGCUGCCCUUGCCCAGGCCUCAACGUGCUUGCAACACACGGACUCAUCCAUCAGUCCGGUCGCAAAGUUGCUGCUUCCAAGAUGGUUGUGGCCCUCUCUCGAGCAUUCAACAUUGCGCCGACCAUGGCGCUGCAGCUCUACUCUCCACUGUUCCCCGUAUUCAGCGAGCGGGCACAUAUCUUUGAUCUCGAGUCCAUCGGUAUCGCCAACAUUAUCGAACACGACGCGAGUCUGUUGCGACCCGACUACCAUUUAGCCGACUGGCACAAGGAUCCCAAAGCCAUGUCGCGACCGCACCAGGACAUGAUCGACCGAUGGUUCCCCGCGCCAACCAAGCAUGGUAAAGUGAAAGCAGACCUGACUGAUCGCGACUUUGCUGAGGCCGUCUGCAUCCGUCGCAGCGAGUCGCGUAAGCACAAUCGUCAGUACAGCUCCAACGUGGUUCAGAGCUUGAUUGGAUCCGGGAGCUGUUGCUUGAUGCUCAACGUGUUUGGCGGUAAGGUACUCGAUCUGCGCGAGAUGGCAGGAAGUGUCGAGCACGAUCUGCCCGGAGUCAGGACCACGCGCGCGGGACUCGAGUACGGAUAUGAGCGUAUCCCAGCCAGAACCAUCAACGCCAAGAAGGGCUCCGAGUGCUGUCCUAUUGUUUCAACCACACAAAAGCAACGGUGGCAACCAGCCACAGCUAAAUGGUACUUUGGAAUGACCAUUUUCUAUGCGCUUUGGACUACAUUCAAGAUCGAGAUGCGCGCAAGAGCAUAG